CACUCUCUCACUUUUUAUUUUUAAGAAAUAAAAUAAAAAUAAUAAUAAAUAAUAAAAAUAAAAAUGUAACGUUCCCUUACCUGCUCCGAGUCCUCUUCAAUGACACGCUCUGAGUAGUGUUGCUGCUGUUGUUGUUUAGGUUCGACACCGAGGUUCGUUUUCUGAUCCUUCUCCCGAACCUCCGCUAUGGGGUGCUUCUUCGCUUGCUUCAGAGCUCGCGACUCGGCCGCCGCCACAACCACCACAGUGCCUUCUUCUCUUUCCGGCAAACACAAACCCGACGAUGUUGCGGUCUCUCGAAAUCAGUUGUCCACUUUGUUUCUCUGUGAAGAGAGAGAAGACUCUGUUGUGCGUGAUGAUGUGAGGGAUUUUGAAGUGCGAUCUCAGAAAGGUGACAAUGAGGCCAAGUUUCUCAAAGCUGGGGCUAGGAUCCCUUUUGAGAAAGUCCACCAUGAGAGUCGACCUUUCAAUCCCUCAACUCCUGUAAAAUGUUGUGAGGAAGGGGAGAAGAGAACUAGUUAUUUUGAGCAAACGCCAAGCAGCUGUAUCUCCAAUGCUCAAAGCAGUCAAUGUACCUCCCUUGAUUCUACGGGAGGAAUUAGAACAGGGAGUCUUCACAGUUUGGAUAAGAAUGAAAAUACAGCUUCUGUUUCACCUUGGCCAUCAACCACAUACACCAAGAGAAACAAGUCUGUACGUUUUGAAUGUGGUGCUGAUUUAUCGUCCUGUGACUUGUCAGAUUCCACCAACAAUGAGAGUGCCUAUAAACCAUCACUUUAUCCCACCCCAAUGAAGCUAUCUGACGAAAUGCAAACUCCUGGAACUGUCUACCCUACAACAAAAGAAGACUUGCCAAAUGUUAGGCCUAGGCUUAAGUCCCAGUUUGUGUAUCCAAUUAACAACCCUGAGGAUGAAGUCUCUCAGAAGAUACUUGAGGAAGAUGGUCAUACCCAAGAUUCAGUUGAACGUUCUGAUAUUACAACUUCAACACCUGAUAAAGGGUUGAAGAAAAUUUCUUGUGAAGAUGAAUGUAAAGUGGAAAGCUUAUCUUCUUGGUUGAAGCCUGCGGCUGUCAUUCUGGAAGAGAGAAACAGGAGAAUGCAGAUUGCUUAUAAUCAUGUCCGGAAAACACCUGUCGACAGGCCUAUCAUUGGGAUGGUUGCAGCUCACUGGAACGAGAAUGAGGAUUCUCAAGCUCCUCCUCCUAAGUGGUGGGAUGGUAACGGCAUACCAAAUUCAACCAAUAAGUAUAAAGAAGAUCAGAAAGUGAAUUGGCAUGCAACGCCAUUUGAAGAGAGGUUGGAAAAGGCAUUAUCUGAGGAGAGUGUCAUCACUCAAAGGAAGGAUGCAUGUGGAAAAUCAAUGCCUUUUGACGAGAACGAAGAAAGUGAUACUGCACUAUCUCAGCUGCAAUCUUCAACUCAUCCACAGUCCGUGGUGUCAUUCUGAUGUAUUUGUCUGGUUUAAAGAGAUAUUGUGGCAAUUGUGGAAAAACAAAGUCUGAAUCCACCUCGUUCAACAUGGUGAUUGGUUGGAACAAACAGUGGAUUAUUCAAAUUUUGUGCUAAUUAGAACUAUCAAGCUGUGCCUUACACAACUUGUAUUGUAUAUAAGUAAUGGGAAUCAUUGCGUAAAAUAAUGGCUAUUGGGAGUCUAGUAAUGAACUUUUUUGGGUUAAAUGUUUAAGUAGUUCAGCGUUGAGAUUUACAUGAACUAAAUUUUUGGA